UUGAAGAUUGCAAUACAGCAGCAGUGCACUUGAGGCUACACUAGGGGCGGAGUUUGACCUCAAGUCUCAAAACAUCAUUAAUCCGAGUCGGACAUUCUGGCACAGGCCAUCACUGGCACCGGUUUGGUGGAGGGAAAAAAAAAAGGGACGAAUUUUUACCAGAAAUAACUCUGUCCCGACGCGUGGCAUCCUUACAGAGAGGCUCGGAGCUUGCUCGCCUGUGCGUGUGAUUCAGGGGGAGAAGUGUUGGGAUUUGCGCGUUGACAGCUGGACCGCCCUGCGCCUUCAUCGGAAACGAGCGAACCAAAGUAUCCGCUUCCCUUUAAGAUAUCGUCCAAUUGUUAUUCAAUGUCCAAUAGUGCAUGGCUGAGGCUGCCCUGUGGCUGACCCUGACAAUGCUUUCAACUAACCACUCUGGAGGCGCGUGGGGAUGAAAUGGAUGGAGCCCAUGGCCAGACCGACACAUCAGCUCCCACCUCCCAGCAUGUCCAGCCGCAGCAAGUCUCCCCCCAACUCUGGAGAAGCUGCAGGCUCUAACUCCAUGGCAUGGGUGAAGAUGUUCAAAAAACCUGGAGGAGGCUUGAAGAAAUCCUACCAGCCUGGUAGCAUGUUGUCUCUGGCGCUCACCAAAGGCCUGCUGAAUGAGCCCGGGCAAAACAGCUGCUUCCUAAACAGCGCUGUUCAGGUGCUUUGGCAGCUGGAUAUUUUCAGGAGAAGUUUGAGGCAGCUCUCAGCUCACUUCUGUCUCGGUGACGCCUGCAUCUUCUGCGCUUUGAAGAGUAUAUUCAGCCAGUUUCAGCAGAGCAGAGAGCGCGUGCUCCCCUCCGACAGCCUGCGUAACGCCCUAGCUGAAACUUUUAAGGAUGAGCAACGCUUCCAACUUGGCCUGAUGGAUGAUGCUGCUGAGUGCUUUGAGAACAUCCUGGAGCGAAUUCAUUUACACAUAGUCUCAGACACUGCGACUGAUGCUUGUUCAUCCAAAUCUUGCAUCACCCACCAGAAGUUUGCAAUGAUGCUUUAUGAACAGUUUGUGUGUCGCUGUUGUGGCGCAUCUUCAGACCCGCACCCAUUCACAGAAUUCGUACAUUAUGUCUCAACCACUGCUUUAUGCCAACAAGUUGAUCGCAUGUUGGGGAAGAACGAGCGGCUCAGGUCAGACAUGUUUGGAGAAUUGCUGCAGGCAGCAAACAACACAGGUGACCUCCGAAGCUGCCCGAGCGACUGUGGUCAGAGUAUCAAGAUCCGCCGGGUGCUCAUGAACUGCCCGGAGAUCGUCACUAUUGGAUUCGUAUGGGAUGCUGAGCAAUCUGAUCUUACGGAUGACGUUAUUCGAUCACUUGGCCCGCGUUUGAACCUUUGCGGGCUUUUCAACCGUGUCACGGAUGAAAAUGCCAAACGGAGUGAGCUACAUCUGGUGGGGAUGAUCUGUUUUUCGAGUAAACAUUACUCAGCCUUUGCCUAUCACACCAAAUCUUCAAAAUGGAUGUUUUUUGAUGAUGCUACUGUAAAGGAGAUUGGAUCCAAAUGGAAAGAUGUCGCCUCGAAAUGUAUCAGGGGACAUUUCCAACCACUUCUGUUAUUUUACACCAAUCCUGAGGGAUCUCCAGUGUCUAAUGAAGAUGCACCGAGACAAACCACCAUGUGUCCACGGUACAAAGCCCAAGUAAAUGGUGACACAACAGUGAAACUUCCCCUAAGCAGUCCUAACAAGUUCCAGGAACCUUUCAUGGAAACUUUGCAGAGGCCGAGUGAAACAUCAAAAAAGGAUCGAGGGCAUCGGAAAACAGACUCAUCACAAUACAAAGAGAUGGCACAUGCAAGAUCUUCAUCUCCUUCAGAGAAUGGGCCGAGGCCUCCCGUGGACCAAAAGUCAAAAAGCUAUCCACGCAGCGAGAAGUCAUCAAACCAUUCAAGCAGAGGAUCUCAGGAGCCACGGGGACAGUCCUUCAGCACACAGGGCGGUGGGCAUAGCCGCAGGAACAACUCUUCCCCGAGUCGCUAUGAUCAGGAGAGCUGUCAGGAGCAAUGGGAAAAAAGUGGAGGUGAAGGAAGCCGCAAUAAAUCUAAGUCUACUUGGAGACCCAUUCGGGAGGUGUUAAAUGUAGACACUGUACUGAACGAACUGGAGCAGCGUCGUCAACAGCAACACGACAGCCCACGGCACAGUAAGCCUUCAUCCCAGGAAAGAGUGCACGCUGAACAAAGCCGGGACCGCGAGCGGGAACAUGUACGGACCCGAGAAGAUCGGAAGCAGAAGUGUUUAAUGACAAUUUAUGAGGAUGAGCAGCGGCAUGAGACCGAGAGCCACAGCUCUGUUGAAUCAGAGAGCAGGGCCAACCAACAGAGGGGCAGCAGACUUAAGGGCGGCCCCAAGACACUGCUGCGUAGUGAUACCUGGACCAUCCAAAGGACAGAGUCUGGCUACGAGAGCAGCGAUAGACUCAGCAGUGGCUCCACCAAUCCUGACUCACCUGGCGUCGAUGGCUUCAUUGUUAAAGAUCAGAGAUCAACACCGGAGGCACAGGUGCAAAGUCAGCUGCACCAAAAAGGAGGCGACGGCAAAUCAAGUAUAACGUCCUCGCCUUCACACAAUGGUAAACAUCAACCCAAACCUCAGGGAAAGAAUCAUGACCAAGUUUCACAUUCACAUCUAAAGUGCAGUCCAAGUUUGAGACGGAAAUCAAAGUACACUUCUAGUACUUCCAGAAAAACAGAGAGGGACACCACAGGUUCAGAUAACAGGCAGAGUGAACAGCAGGAGCUGACAAACUGUAGAGGGCACCCUGGAGAAGGUACAGCCCUGCGGCACAUCACAAAAACCAGCAGCUCAGAAUGGAACAGUUCCGAUGAUCUCGCUCUCUCCGAGCCCGAAGACAGAGAAAGCGCGUACCGCUCCAGCAACAGCGAGGCUGUCGCCUCCGAAUCCCAGUGUCCUCACAUAACGCUGCCAUACCACCCUCCCAGCAACGUGACUGCAGAACCUCUCCAACUGAACAAUCAGCGCCAGCUCAGCGCGACAGGGUCGCCUCACCUUCGACCGACCCACCGGAUCUCCCAACACCAGGGUGAGACAAGCCACGCGACGUUUCGUCCAAGGAUGCUUCAAGAACCCUUUCCGUCAAGUCCUCGUCUUUCAUCCACAUCCUAUGUCAGUCCUCACAGGAAGCCUGACAUUUCAGGCCUCAGAACUUUCUCAGGUGCGAGCUCCAAGUCGGGCUCCGACCCGGAGAGGAGUACUCCAUCGUCAUGUGAAAGUGAGGAAAGGCUGACUGGAUGCAGAGUGGAACAAGCAGCGCCAGCUCAAGAGGUUUCUCUCACAACGUACUUCAACGUGGAUAACUGUAUGACGGAAACAUACCGUCUCAAGUACCACAACCAGAGGCCUCUUGUCCUCUCUGCCACGGUGCCACGGACAGUAGUUGUGACUGAGCGCAGAGAUACCAGCCACACACUCCCCACUGACACAUACUCACAAGAUGUGCCAAAAGCCAGACCUGAAACAAGCCAUAAUAGCAAUAAACCCACUGCAAAAUGGAACCCAGUGACAGCCAAAGGACUGGAUGAACGUGGUUUUUUAUGAGUAUUACUUGGUAAGGUUUGUUUACAUGGAUGGACAGUGGUCAGUAGAGUACUAACUGGAUGCCAAAGAGUUUACAGAAUGGAAAUAUAUGUUCUGAAGCCCGAUAUCUCCAAAACUGAGUGGAAUUUAUUUAUGCAAGCUUGUCACAUAAGUAAAAACCUAUGUCUAAAUGCUGUCGCGCAUUGUUUGAAGGAUUAUCAACUAUCGCUUAUACUGUGCCGUCUUCCAUUGUCCUGCAGUAUUGCUGCAAGAUAUUUUGUUGUAACCAAAAUCUGGACUGUUUUCAAUUUGCACAAAUGUUUGUUUGUUUUUUGAGUCUUUAUUAUCACCUUAUGUCAAGUUCAAAAUCUUUAUUUAUUUUUUAAUUCGUGCAGUAGUCCUGCAGACGUGUUGCAGAAAUUAUGAUAUACCAAUAUAUUGCAAGUACGGUAUGAGAGAUUAUGGUGAGCCACAGUAAGAUCUAUACAGUAAAUACAAAAAGAGAAGAAAUGAUGACAAAUUGCAGCAUGUUGACAUGAAAGGACAUGUUAAAUAAUUAGAAAUAUGAUGUCAUUCUACACAAUGAACCCACAGGCUGAAGGUUUCAUCAGGUCUAGGUCACCAGGGAAUAGACAUUGCAACACCUGCGUUUAUUCAGUUACUCAUUGGUUUCAGCUGUUAUCAUUUAUUGGUUCUUUUACAACAUGUAUGUGUUAAUGAAUGACUGAGGGCUGCACCAUACCAGCCAACCUCCCUUUAUUGUUUCAGAUGAUUUAUUCAUAUUCCUGCAAAAUCUGAUUUCAUGCCAUCGAUCGUAAAUAUGUCUAAAUCUUUGAGAGAGACAGUUAUACAGACAGUCAAAAUGUGAUUUUUGCAUAACUGUGUAGCAGUCUACAAAUCCUAUAAUUGUGUAGUUGGAGCAGCCCUCAGGUUAUUCAGUAGGUCACUGUAUACUGUACAACCAUGUCAACCUUGUGUAUUCUACCUUCAAUUGUGCUGGUUCUUGUAAAUCCUUUUUUGUAAUUCACAGUGAUGUCAAAUUGUAUUUUUUCAGUCUUCCUUUUAAAGUAGACAGAUUUAAACAGGUCUGUAUUUGCAGGUAUUUUCAUAAUGAUGCCAAUAUAAUUAAUAUGCCUACAGUAUGUGAUAUCGAACACACAACACAACAAUUAUACUUGUUCAUAAGACUAAUGUUCUGAAACCUGCAUGUGGCCUUUACAAAGUCUUACUAGCUGUGUGUACAGCAUAAGCAUGAGCAUGAUAAUACGGGACUUUGAGUCCGACAAACAUAAAUUCUAUUGGAUUUUACGUAAUUGUAAUAAAAAAAUAAUGAAUUAAAUAGUAAUUUCUAACUAAAGUUGAUUUGGAAACGUUUAACACUUGUUCUCUUCUCUUGCUCAUGCAAGGACACACACUUUUGAUUAUGCAUCCAUUGUAAAUACAAACAUACGAUGCAGACGGUACGCUAGAAAACAGCCUGACUGUCAGAGACAUACUAUGCAUUCACUAGAAAUUACUUUAAAAUCACUUUAAAAAUCAGAUUUUUGGUAUUUUUAAGGCUUUGUAUUCUGUACAUCCAACAUUCCCGAGAGCACAU